AUGGACGUCGUUUUGCACUACGCCGACGAAUGGGUACUGGACAAAGCCUGGGCUUGGGCUCUACCUUCCAUUCCAGCUCGUCUUGCUCGAGCAGGUCAGGCGGCCAAAUCUGCCGAGUCUCUAGCAGCAGCCGCACGAGCUACACCCAGCGCUAUUCAGAACUUGACUCAUGGUGUCCUCAACUGGACCAGCAGGUCGAGUGCGGGCAGCGGUGCUAGGGACGCCACAGCCAGAGCGGCACAGCAGGCCGGCUUGGCAGCUCAACAGGCUGCUGCGCAAGGAUUGGAAGAGUUUGUCAACUCGAGCAGAUGGGGCAGAGAUCACUUUUUGAGGUGAGUGUAUGCGCAAGUCCUUUGUGAUUCUGGCAUCAGGCUCCUUCUUGAGCUUGAGCGAGCGGCACGAAAGGGGCGGAUGGUAGGUAACAUGCUGCCCGCGUCGAAUUCCAGCUGAUCACCGCAUGCCACCUUUCUCUCGCUACGACAAUGUAGACAAUGCAUCUCGCUCUACGCCAUCACUCUGGUCGGCAUCAUGCUGCUGUACUUUAGCUUUGCCGGUCUCUCCUACUACUUUUUCUUCAAUCACGACAUGAAGAAGCACCCGCGAUUCCUGAAGAACCAAGUGCGGCUGGAGAUCGAAUCAUCCCUGAGAGCGUUCUUGCCGCUGGACAUUCUCACCCUGCCAUGGUUCGUCGCGGAAGUGCGAGGACACUCUAUGCUCUACGAAAACAUCAGCGAUUACGGCAUCGCCUACGCCAUCUUUAGCGUGCCUUUCUUUCUGGUUUUCACGGAUGCCUGCAUCUACUGGGUGCACAGAUUGGAGCAUCAUCCGCGCCUCUACAAGCACAUUCACAAGCCUCACCACAAGUGGUUGGUUCCAACACCCUUUGCCUCCCACGCUUUCCACCCACUGGACGGAUAUGCGCAAUCAUUACCCUACCACAUUUUCGUCUUUUUGUUCCCUCUGCACCGAUACAUCUACAUUGGCCUAUUCGUCUUUGUGAACUGUUGGAGCAUCCUCAUUCACGAUUCCGACAUGAUCGUCAAUUCUCCGCUGGAAAAGAUCAUCAAUGGACCUUCUCACCAUACGCUUCAUCACCUCUACUUUAACGUCAACUACGGACAAUACUUUACCGGUUGCGACAGGUUGGGCGGAUCUUACAGGCAACCCAAGUCGGAAGAUGAUCCGCUGCACGAUGUGGUCAAGAGCGAAUCGAAGAAGGCGCAAUGA